AUGGCCAACAUCCACAAUGGCCCGGGCGAGCUCAAUCUGCGUCUGUCGGCGGAAGACCUUUCUGAAUUCGGCCCAGAUGUCCAAAACGUGCUCCGACGGCUUGCUGGCUCGCAGCAAGAACAACAACAACAGAGACAUCACAUGGCACCAUCCUCAAAUUUGGGACUUCCAGCAAGGAUUCUACCUGAACAUGGACACAAUUUGACCCAACGGCCAGUCUGGCAGCAACAAGUGGCAGUUGAACAGCGGAUCGGUACUGGUCUUGAUGAUUUUGCAAAUCUCAGCUCAGCAGACCGUGGUAAAACAGCGACGAGUUCCUCUUCCCCAUUCGAUGCGAACACAUCUUCAAGUCCCGCGGCGGAGGCAGGUCUCCGACGUCAGCUGCCACAAACGGUUCGAGGAUCUUUGGGAAUGCCCACCGUUUCUCCACCAACGAGGAACACGCAGUCUCUAGAGCUUGCCCACGCCCCUCCCAUCGCAAAUGGCAUCAGUUUGGUCAACCCACGCGACGUUCUCCCUGACAGAUUCCGAGAAAUUUUCCCGUAUGAUCUCUUCAACGCCGUCCAAUCGAGAUGUUUCGAGUACUCCUAUCAGACCAAUGAUAAUGUUGUCGUAUCAGCGCCAACUGGCAGCGGAAAGACAGCACUACUGGAACUUGCAAUCUGUAGACUCGCGCACACGAGGGGAAAUCAAGUCUUCAAGAUCGUUUACCUAUGUCCUCUCAAGGCCCUCUGCACCGAGAGAGCCAAUGACUGGAAACAAAAGUUCGGACUCUUGGCAAUGGAAGUUGCUGAGCUCACUGGGGAUACAUCGCAAGCUGAAAUGAGACGCGUCCGCCAAGCCACCAUUAUCAUCACCACUCCUGAGAAGUGGGAUUCCAUCACUAGAAGCUGGUCUGACCAUCGAAAACUCCUUGACUUGGUCGAACUAUUUCUCAUCGACGAGGUGCACCUUCUCAAAGAACCACGCGGGUCUACUCUCGAGGCCGUUGUGUCCCGCAUGAAGACCCGUGGAGCGAAUGUCCGCUUUGUCGCACUGAGCGCAACUGUGCCAAAUUCUGACGAUGUUGCCCGAUGGCUGGGCAGAGAUCAUACAAACCCAGACAUCCCAGCACGCCGAGUAACGUUCGGAGAAGAAUUCCGCCCUGUGAAACUGCAAAGAUUCGUGUAUGGGUUUGACAGCCGGACUAAUGACUAUCAGUUCGAUACAUUCUUGACCGACCAAUUGUAUCCCCAUAUCGCCAGACAUUCGCAGCGGAAACCAAUUCUGGUCUUCUGUCAGACCCGCAAGAGCUGCCAGAACUCAGCAAAGAAGUUGGCCGAGGAGUGGAACGAGCGUCGGCCUCAAUCACGGCCAUGGCCCGAACCAUCCAAACGAACUCCUGUCAUCAGUCCUGAACUGCAGGAGAUUGUGAGGUACGGGGUUGCGUUCCAUCACGCUGGUCUCGACGCCCAGGACAGACGAGCCGUUGAGCAAGCCUUCCUCGACGGCCGUAUAAGUGUCAUCUGUUGCACAUCCACACUUGCCAUGGGCCUGAAUUUGCCAUGCCACAUGGUAGUGCUGAAAGGCACCACCUCGUACGUGGAGGGUUCAAUUUCCGAACUGAGCGACUUGGAAUUCAUGCAGAUGCUGGGCCGUGCCGGCAGGCCACAGUUCGGCAACAGUGGAGUUGCCGUAGUUCUCACCAGAGCUCGAAACAAGCAGCAUUACGAGGACAUGGGAUCCGGGCAACAAAUCCUGGAAAGCACGCUCCAUCAGAAUCUGAUCGAACAUCUUAACUCUGAAAUCAAUCUUGGGACCUUUGGUGACAUCCAAAAGGCAAAAGAAUGGUUGAAAGGAACAUUCCUUGCUGUUCGACUGGACCGCCAUCCGGGGUACUACAAACUCGAUGAUACAGGUCCCAUCUCAGAUCCACUUGAUGACAGACUGGAGAAGAUCUGCGAAACAGACAUUUCUAAACUGCAACAGGCUGGCCUUGUCACCCAAGACGCAGCAUUUCAGUCGACUGAUUAUGGCCGAGCAAUGUCAAAAUAUGUUAUUCGAUUCGACUCGAUGCAAAAGAUCCUGCAGAUUCCUCAAGCAGCCAAGAUGGAGCAAGUUUUGACAGCCGUAUGUGAAGCAGACGAAUUUCGGGACUUCCGCUGGCGAACGCGUGAGCGCGAUGUUUUCCGCGACAUCAAUAAAAGCCCCUUCAUCGCGUACCCAAUCAAAGGCACGGUGAACACAAUGGCACACAAGGUCUCGCUGCUUUUACAAGCAGCUCUUGGCUGCGUGGACUUGUCUGACGUGCCUGAUCUCGUCCGGAGACAGAUCACAUUGGAUACCAGCCUUCUGUUUGAGAAGAUGCACCGCCUCGUACGCGCGGUCAUCGAAUGCAAGGCCAGCGACUUAGAUGGCGCAACUUGUCGAGUAGCUCUCGAUCUGGCACGUUCCAUGGCAGCCAGGGCAUGGGAGGGAAGGUCCAUGCAACUGACGCAAGUGGCCCAUGUUGGACCAGUUUUCAUGCGAAAGUUUGCUGCCUCUGGUAUUACAACUGUGCGAGGACUGGCGGACGCUGGCGCCAGCAACAUUGAAAGAAUCUUGAGCCGAAACCCCCCGUUUGGCAAGAAAAUGGCUGACGAGUUGGCGCACUUUCCACGCUUGACCCUGGAAGCACGUGUUGCAAAAGAGGACCUCCCAAUUCCCAAGUCAGUCGUGCAGCCUAUGGUCCGCAUCGACGCUAUUCUUGGUUUCUCGAACAUCGUAGGGAAGCCCAAAUGGCGUGGCAAGAUUCCUUCAAUUACCUUCAUGGCCGAGACUACAGAGGGUGUUCUAGCGCACUUUUGGAGAGGGUCGAUGAAGAAAUUCAAAGAUGAGGACAAGAACAAACUGUCUCUACAGUUCGAGGUUGAGCUCAGCAGCGCCGCCGAAGAGAUCAUUUGUCACUUCGCAUGCGAGGACAUCGUUGGCACAGUUGUCACCACUAGGCUCCAGCAUGGACUGCCAGCGUCUUCAUUUUCCCAGAACAAGAGGUUGACAGCAAAAUCGUCACAAGGGUUGAGUCAACGCGUGGCAUCUUUGACGGAUGAUGACAUUGGUGACAAUGAUUUGCUGGAGAUCACACAAGGAGGAGGGGACUAUGCCAACGGACGCCCUGAAAUCUUGGAACACUCAGAUAUCGAGUCUCACCGGCCUCCUAUGGGCAGUGAGAAGCGGAAUGGUAUCAGCAAACAAGCCCUCAGCCAAGAUGAUGGUUGUGCGCCCGCGCAGGAAAUUGAAAAUAAGAACGUCCCCUGGCAACCGGUUCAACUCCCCAACGGAAAGUUUAAGUGCAAUCAUCGCUGCGCUGAUGUCGGAUUGAAGAAUGGCAAGGGCAAAGCCUGCGCCCAUCGAUGUUGUCAUGAGGGUCUUGAUGCACCCAGAAAGCCAAGGGCCCCAAGUUUGAAGAGAAAGGCAGGCAUGGAAAUAGUGGUUGCCGAGCCAGCUCCAAAGCCGACCUCAAACCCGCCAAACAAAAAGGCCAAGACAGCCACUCCCAAGGAUGGGUCUUCACGCAAAAGCGCGUCACGGGACCCUUUGAUAUCCAGAUCCUCAAAUCGAAGAGACUUCCCUCCAAUGGACCUGGACAGUUUUGAGUUGGAUGGGGAUGGACUUAUCGAUCUGACUCAAGUUGAACGCCGCCAUGCAGGUGCCAGUGAUGUUGAUAUCCAGCAUCGCAGCCUAUAUGGAGUCAAGGGCCUCGCGAGUAAGAAGGGUUUGCAUAACGAGGGAUUCGACGUUUUUGAACGUCUCUCCGACGACUUAUGGGAGGAUGAUCUAGCUCUGCCCAUCGGAGGAAAGAGCAAUAUCGAGGACCACGGCUUUGAAGUUAGCCCGAAGACAAAUUUACCACAUGCUGAUCUCGGAAGAAGGAAAAGCAACAGUACCGAUGACUUUUCAGGUGGCUCAGUCUUCGACGAUGUUCCUAUGGAUGAUUGUAAUCCACAACAAAGCGACACACACAGAGCCUUGAGAACUGGCACCAGCGCAGCAAAGAACCACCCCAGACAGGGCGGUAACGUCCUCUCGCACGAAAAUCAAGGAGCCGUGUCCAGCUUGGCUAAGGCAUCUUCAGACCCUUCGCCGCCGCGGGUGAAAUCAAUGGACCAGCUCAAGGUAUUACCUCGUUUCGAGGAAGGAUCGCGAACGAACAUCACAAGGUCAUCCUCUGACCGUUCCGGUAUUCGAAGCAGGGUGGGAGAGACUCACUUCACGUCAUCAGCCGUACAAUCACCUCUCAUCGGACUAAAGCCAAGAGAUUCCGAAGAUGAUACAUACAUCUUCUCGGACAACUAUGCACUGCCGCCACCUCGGGAGAGCUUUGGCGAAGGGAGUAUCUUGCUGUCCGGUGUUUCCAACGAGGGGUGUUCGGCACGCAAAACUGACCCAAUCGCCGUCCACAGCUCAUCAGACCUCGAUUACUCCUCAGCCAAGAAGACUGAUCAACAGAUGCAAUCACAAAAAGACACCGAGUGGCAAGAGUUCGAGCCUGGAUUUACCGAAGAUUUCCGAGAUCUUGUGGAGUUGAUUUAG